UGGAGAGGAGCUGCAUGAUUUGAUGCAAUAUUUUCAAAGGUAUUGGAUGGACACUGUAGGUCCACUAAGAUUUACAGUGUAUCGACUCCAAUACAGGACGAAUAAUUUUAUUGAGUCAUACCAUGCUUCUCUUCUGAGACUAAUGGGCCAACAUCCGUCUCUCUAUCAGUUUUAUGAACACCUGAGAACAUUAGAAGUACGUUCAAGGAAUGAUUUGGCCAGUGUAGUAAAUGGACAACAAGUUAGACAAAGGAGUUACAGAAUGCAUCCAAGAAAUAAUGCAAUUAUAAGCAAUGCAUGGGCUAAUGUUGAAAAUGAAACUUACAAUCUGCAAGAUUUCUUGAGAACGGUUUCAUAUACCAGUGAACAAAUCUUAAGAAACGAGAUUGGUGAACCGGAUUUUCAACCCAUGCUUGCUGUUCAAGGGUUAAAUGCUCCAGGUCCAUUACUACAGAGGCCCCCUCAACAGUUACUGUUUUUAAGACCGAUGCCAGUACCAGCAUUAAUACGACCGGCCGUACAACCAGCAGAGGCGGUACAACCACCGAUGGUUGUACAACCGGCGGUACAACCACCGAUGGUUGUACAACCGGCGGUACAACCAGCAGAGGCAGUACAACCACCGAUGGUUGAAGUACCUGCUAUACAAAAUGCAAGAAACCGAAGGGGUGUGCGUAGAAGAGGAAAUCGUGGUCAUCGUGUACAAGGCAACGGUAGAGGACGUUUGCACGAGAGAGUGGGAUGGGCAGAAUUUUUUGCAAAUAUUGAAGAAGAACUAGAACCACGUCUUCCCCCACCUGUGAUUCCCGCCAAUGAAAUGGUUUUAGAAGUAUGCAUAAUUUGUUUUGAAGAAAUAGUAACAGUCACUAUAGUGCCAUGUCGCCACACAUUCUGCAAUACUUGCAUUAGAAGAUUGAUAGAGGAAGGGUUUCCUACAUGUCCAUUAUGUAGAGGCAAUAUUGAAAUGUACGAGGGAUAUGUACAAUAACUAUUUGGUUUUAUUUAUUUUUUUUAUUGUUAAUUUGAGAUAUUUUUAAGUUAUUAGUUAUAUUAUUAAGUUAAUUUUAUUUUUGAAAGAAUUUAUGAAAAAUGUUAUUAUUUGUAUUGCAUUAUUCUCAUUAUAAUAAAUAUCUAUAUAAUAUAUAAAAAGCCGGCCAAGUGCGAGUCGGACUCGCGCACAAAGGGUUCCGUACCAUUACCUGUGGCAACGACUUACCCUAAAAAUGUAUGCCUCUCUGUCCACAUUACCAUGGCAAACAUUUAUAUAUUAUUUUGAGAUUUCCGAUGGAAUUUUUUGUAUAAAAAUGGUUGCCAUGGUAAUAUGUAAAACAUUGUUCAUAUAGAGUUGGCAUUUUUAAUGGGCAACGAAGUGUAACAGGAUCAGCUAGUAAUAUAUAAACUUUUAAUAAGAAUAAAUAGCAUUCACAAAUAUUGAACGAUCAUCU